AUAGCCACAAACAAUGUCCCAAAUUUUUAUAAUAUCAAUGUUAAUGAACUACGAGUAUGGUUGAUAGAUAAAGAUUCAACAUUAUCAUUAGAAAAUUUGAAUACACUAAACAAAGUGGUCACUUUUCAAAUAAAAUUUGAUGGAGAAAUGGAUUUUCCCAUUCCUUUGGGAUCAUCAAAUAAUAGGUAUGAAUCUUUGAAAAUAUUUGGCUCCUUUAAAGUUGUUGACAAAAGUGGUUAUGAACUCCCAGAUAGUUGUUUAUACUAUUACCAAUUCAAAGAAUCUCCAAAUUUUAAUAUCAACGGAAAACUUCCUUUUAAAAAAUAUCCAAAGAAUUUAACUACACUUAGUAUCUAUGCAUCUGGUUUAACCAUAUUCCCAACCGAUCUACCAAAUACCAUUGAAGCAUUGGAUAUUAAAAACAAUUUUCUAUCAAACAAUGGUGAAUUACCAGACCUUUCGAUGUAUCCUUUACUUAAUUACCUUUAUCUAUACAACACUGGGUUCUCAGGAUCAAUACCAGAAUCUUAUUGCUCUCUUCUAUGUAGUUUUCCAUUUAAUAAUCUUACUGGUACAUGGCCUCAAUGUAAAGUAUGUUAUGAAAGUGAUUUUUUUACCAGUUUUGAUAACAAUCCUUUGUUACAAAAAGGUGUUUGUGAUACUGGCUCUCUUGUCCCAAGUUUAAAAAUAGUUGGUAUAUCAGGCAAUAAAUAUCUUUUUUUAACUGGUAAUAAUUUAGGAUUAAGUGGUCCACACAUACAAAAAUAUAAUUUAUAUUUUAGUGUUGGUGUGAAACAGUCUGAAUAUAAUUUAUUAUGGUCUCCAUCAUACGGAGAAAUACCAGAAACUAUUGUGGUAACAAUUGGUCCAAGAGAUUUUAAACUAGCUACAAUAGAUUUAACACCAAUUUUUAUUAAUAUUUCGGGAUCCGGUAACGAAUAUAAUAUAACAGGUUCGAACUUCUCUUAUAAUAAAGCUGAUUUUAAAGUUAUGUUUGAAAAUAUUGAAGGUACAAUCAAAUAUAUUGAUUUCAAUACCAUUACAGUUCAAUUUGAUAACCCAGAAGAUUUACCAAAUGGAGAUGCUAUUCCUGCAAAAAUUAUAAAUAUAAAAUCAAAUCUCUCUGUUGAUUUUAAUGUCAAAAUAAAUAUUUUUAAACAUUGUACAUCAGAUUGUGGUGCUUCUAGUGGAAAAGGUUCAUGUGAUUCUAAAGUUGGCAAAUGUAUUUGUAUUCAAAAAUGGACAGGCGAUACAUGCAGUACUCCAAAUCAUUGUCCAAAAGAUUGCUCACUAAACGGUAUUUUAAAUGGAGAUUGUAACAAGUCAACAGGCCAAUGUAAAUGCUACUCUGGAUGGGGUGGAUUCGAUUGUAAUUCAAAAACAACAACAGAAAAUCCUUCAACAACCGGCAAUUGUGGUGCUUCUAGUGGAAAAGGUUCUUGUGAUUCUAAAGUUGGCAAAUGUAUUUGUAUUCAAAAAUGGACAGGCGAUACAUGCAGUACUCCAAAUCAGUUUUUAACAUCAGCAUCAUCAACAUCAACCAAAGGAGGUGUAGUAAAUUUGUAUGGUUGGUUCGGAACACCAAACGUAGGUUUAAAAAUAUAUAUCGAUGGAGCAGAAUGUAAACCUAUUCACACCAUUUCAGAAACAUUUGUAAACUGUACAAUUGGCGCAGGAUCAGGUACAAAAUCAAUUAAAAUUGUUCAAAAUAAUAAAGAGUGGAUCGGUAAUAAUAUGUUCCAUUAUAAUGAAGAUAACUAUAGUUGUCCAAAAGAUUGCUCACUAAACGGUAUUUUAAAUGGAGAUUGUAACAAGUCAACAGGUCAAUGUAAAUGUUACUCUGGAUGGGGUGGAUUCGAUUGUAAUUCAAAAACAACAACAGAAAAUCCUUCAACAACUGGCAGUACAACAACAACACCAUCACCAACUAAUCCACCUGAAAUUGAAAUUCCCAAAUCAAACACAACAGUUAACGAAAGUACAGGUUCAACAGUUAUCACCAAUCAACAAACACUAUAUGAAAUAUCAAUUAUAUCAUUAGUCGAGUUAGAUGUAUUAGACAAUGUUGUUUUAACUUAUAAUCUAACAAACAAAUGGGUUAUUGACAACAAUAUUACAAAUAACAAUAUUCAUAUAUUUAAACAAAAUAUUACAGAUAUUUGUAACAUUACAUAUACCGUUGAAGAUAUAAAAGAACAAAGAGAUUACGAAUUUGCAGGAUUACAAUUAACAUUAGAUAAAGACUCAAUUAAAAUAACAGUUUCAAUCCACAACUAUCCAUUUACAGGUUCUUUAAAUAAACUACAGCUUAGAAUAGAAUCAUCAGUAGAUGACAUUAACGAAAACAUAAAUAACCAAUGUAAUAAUAAAGAAACAUCAAUAGAUUCAGAACUAUUAAACAGCAACCAAUUAUUAAACUAUAUUACAAUUUCAAAAAAUCAAAAAGUAUUAAAUGGUAGAUUUAUCAAUAGAGUAUUAAGCGAUAACAGACAAUCAUUUAUUACAACAUCAUUAAUAUCAAAUACAACAAUACCAACACAAACAAACUCAACACAAAAUAAUAAAAAUAAACAAUCAUUUAUUAUUGGAAUAAAUUUACCAUACUUUACAGAAUCAUUAACAAUUGAUCCAGACUUUUCAGUAUUAGUAUCACCAUCAUUCAAGAAAUGCUCGAACUCAGGACGUGCAAGUUGGGUGUUACCAGUUGCAAUCGUUGUACCAUGUGUUGCAGUAGUUACAAUCCUUAUUGUUGGUGCCAUUGUUUACAAUAAAAACCGUACAUCGGUUUUAAUAAUUAAAAAAAAAUUUUCAUUUAAAAAGAACCACAAUUUAUACAUGCCAAAUGGAGAUGAAAAUGAAUUAAAAAAAUUUUAA